CCGUCAGGUCUCUUCUCUCUCGUGUUUUUAAAUUCAAAUAGUCUCUUACUCGCAGUGGCGGCUCUGCCUUAAAUCAUUUCUCUACUUUGCGAUCUAAUGGAUUCAAACCGUUCAAAUAAUGCCCCAGGAAGGAAGGUUAAAUUCGCACCAAAAGCGCCACCUCGCCGAGCGCCAAAGAAAGAAGUUAAAGCUGAACUGGCCGAGGAUCAUGAUGCGGAACAGGCCAAGGAUUUGCUUCGGCGCUUCAACGAAAGUGCCAUGAAUGGCAGGCACAAGGUUGAGAAAAAAGUGUCAGCUUCACAGAUUGCCUUUGGUUAUGGAGGCGAAGCAACAUCCUUCAAGCCAUAUCGCAAUCCCAGCAGUGGCAGUGACAAUUCUGCAUUCAGUGGUGUGAGAGAGAAAGAAUACAAAGAACCAUGGGACUAUUACAGUAAUUAUCCUGUUACACUCCCAUUGAGGAGGCCUUAUUCAGGAAACCCAGAACUCCUUGAUGAAGAGGAAUUUGGGGAGGCUGCAGAAUCCAGAACCUUCGAUGAAAAUUCAACAAAUCCAGCAAAGGAGCUUGGCCUUUUGGAGGAAAACCCGGAGACAAGUGUGUUCUUGAUCCAGUUACCAGCAGCUCUGCCAGCGAUUAAAGGAUCAGCUUCUUCUGGAGGCCAAGAUGGCAGUGAGAGCUCUUCUAAACCUCAAGGAUCCAUGAAAAAAGUGAAGCCCUGUAAGUUGAAUGAACUACCACCUGGCCUCAUGGGCAAAAUGCUUGUAUACAAGAGUGGUGCUAUCAAACUGAAGCUUGGCGAUACACUUUAUGAUGUUUCCCCCGGUUCAGAUUGUACAUUUGCUCAAGAUGUUGCUGUUAUGAAUACUGGUGAAAAACAUUGUUGCGCAAUUGGGGAGAUCAGCAAGCGUGUCAUUGUAACUCCAGAUAUAGAUGACAUGAUUAGUGUGACUCGUUGGGUGAAGCCUCCUAUUGGUAAGGUGAAGCUGAAUUGUAAUACAAGUCUAUCCUUGGCGAUGGUGGAAUCCAACGAGACGGGGAAACUCGAGGCGAGGAACACAGCUGGUUUUGGGGCCGUUUUGAGAGAUGACAAAGGAGCUUGGGUUAAAGGUUGUGCUGGAAAUCUUCCUCCUGAGUGGUCGGUCUGUCACCGGGAGAUCUUUUCCAUGUGGACAGGUCUUCGUCUUGCUUGGGAUUGUGGUGUGAGGGAUGUUGUUUGUGAGACUGAUUCGCGGGAGGCCUUCAUGGCGGUGCAGCAGCACCCGGAGACGGUGCAAAGAGACUAUGAUGACUUGUUGAUGAAUAUUCAGGAAAUGCAGAGUAGAAGUUGGAAGGUAGAGUUUAAUCUAGUGUUGAGGGAAGCUAACAAUGUUGCUCAUCUGCUGGCCGAGAAAGGAGCAGAGGGUAGUGAGAGUGGUGUCGGCAAUUACGUGGAGUGGCUGCGGCCUUUGAAUUUUGUUCUGGAUGCUGUCCGUCGUGAUUCUCAGGCCUCUUGAGCUUGGUGUUUAGCUUUCUUUCUAUCUUUUCUUUUCUUUUCUUUUCUUUUCUGUUUUUGACACAAUACAAAAUGUAGAUGUUGUCUAUUUCUAGUUUUGUUAAUUGUUUAAGCGAGCGGUGAAGCAUUUAUUAGUUGAACAGACUAUGGGCUUGUUUGGUUUGAAAGAAGUGGAGGGAAAAUAGGGAGGAGGGAAGACAAGUUGCAAAUUUUAGUGUGUAAUUUAUGAGCAAGUUUUGGCA